AUGCCCGGAAUCCUGAGUAACGCGCCAUCGGUGAAGGGCACCGUGCGAUACAAUCUACCUGAUACUUCGGUACGACCAGAAGAUCGUGGGUUGUUUUCUGGCCCGGCACAUAAAUCCGGUGAAGAUGUCGACGUCGAUCUCUUUGAUCCCGUCCAGGCUCCUGAGAUCAUUCAAGGGCCCGAGGGACUCGACAUUCAGGGCUUCACCUACGUCAAGCAUCAGUCAUGCUUAGGCGAAGAUGACUGGCUUGCCGGCCAUAACGUUGAGGAGAAGUAUGUUCCAGAAGUCGAGGAGCUCGUCAAACAAGUCACUGGCGCCAAGAAAGUCAUUGUCAACCACUUGGGUAUUCGAAAGCGGCUGAGCGAGAAGAACAACGAUCCGACAUUCUACCGAAAGAAAGGUGAUCAACAUGACGAUGCUGUCAAGAAGCUAGCCGGCCAGGACAAAGUAUGGGUAAACGGACGCAAGGAUGCCGGACUUGAACCAGCACGCUUUGCACACUGCGACUACACUCUCCGUGGCAUGAAGCGCACAGCUCGUUACUGUCGCUCUGACAUGAAGGCCGCCGCGAAAGAGGCUCUUGAUGCGGAAGACGAGGGUCGCACCGAUGGGCCUCGAUAUGCCGCUUAUUCUGUCUGGCGUCCCAUCAAGCCGGUCAAGCGUGACCCCUUGGCUGUGGCGGACUGGCGCACCACUGAUCCUGAGACUCUGCAGCCUGUCGAGUACCGGGCCACGAGUAAUGUGCUGGAUUCGGGAGAGUACAUGCUCGAGCAAUUGACGCAGACGCCAAACGCCAAAACCUCGGGACAAAGAUGGUACUGCAAGCCGAAUCAGCAACCAGAUGAUGUCCUCAUACUGAAGUUCGCGGACACUGAGACAGAAAGACGAGACGGCAUCAGCGCUGGAUGCGCGCACUGCUCGCCAUAUGUGCACGGUACGGAAGGGGAAGAGCCGCGGAUGAGUGUCGAAGCAAGAGUGAUGGCUUUCUGGUAA